GUGAAAUAGCUUGUGAAAUAGCUUCAACUCCGAGUGUGGAAGCUGUAGCCGGUUAUCAACGGUGAAAGGAAGGUGAGCUACAGAAUAAAUGCGGGGAUAAGGACUUCAGUUCUCCAUCCAAAGCCGUACACGACAUAAUAGCGAUGACCUUAUCUUUUAUACCGAGACCCUGCAUUCCAGAUAAAUACCUUGGUUUGGCUGUCUUACUAACUUAUUCUUCCCAUAUUACCUUUACCUUCCCAUACCACUCUGCGUUAUUUUGAGGUUACAUCGGACAUUGCCUCAAAACUAAUACACUAGAAUUACGAGAAUGGUCUUCUUCCUCGAUUACAUCCAACAUAAGAAGGACUGCAAGUUCAAGCAAGAUGAACGUGCAGAAAGGCUUCGGGCCUUGACACAAUAUCGUAGCCCAUUUACGGCUCAAGAGCGGGAGAUAAUCGACAAGCCCAUCGAGGAACUUGUCGAAGGUGUACAAAAUGGCACAAUUGAGCCCACGGACCUACUAAAUACCUAUGGCAAGGUUGCCGUCAAGGCACACGAUAAGACAAACUGUCUUACCGAGAUUAUGAUAUCCGAGGCCGAAGGUUGGAUCAAAGAUGGCUCUAUCAAUCUUAAGGGUCCUCUAGCUGGUAUCCCUGUAAGCUUAAAGGAUACAAUCAACGUCGGCGGUUUCGACUCUACUGUUGGCUACAGUAGCUACGUUGGGAACAAGCCAACCCAUGAUGGAGGCCAUGUUCGACUUCUUAAGGAUGCCGGCGCUAUUCCUUACGUAAAAACAAACAUGCCCAUCACGCUCCUCAGUUUUGAGUCUACGAACGAUGUCUGGGGACGAUGCACCAACCCACAUAACAACAAAUACUCACCAGGAGGUUCAACUGGGGGUGAAGCAGCGUUAUUAGCAUUGGGUGGAAGAAUUGGAGUUGGAAGCGACGUCGCCGGCAGCGUCCGAGCCCCCGCACAUUUCUCCGGUAUCUACAGUCUGCGAUGUUCGACCGGACGAUGGCCUAAAGCAGGAUUUGCGACUAGUAUGCCGGGACAAGAAGGUGUACCCAGUGUAUACAGCCCCAUGACCAGAACCUUGAACGACUUGACAUAUUUCACACGUUCCCUUGUUGGCAUGAAGCCCUGGGAGUAUGACCAUUCUGUUCACCCUCUUCCCUGGAGACCCGAGGUGGAACAGGAGUAUGCAGAAAAGAGUAAAUUCCGUGUGGGUGUGAUGAGAACAGAUGGUGUGGUUGAUCCAGCCCCUGCAUGUGUGCGGGCUCUAGGAAUGACGGAAGCUGCCUUGAAGGAGGCUGGUCAUGAGAUUGUCGAAAUCGACCCGCCAUCACCUUACGAAGCGCUCAAGCUGGGUGCGCUCUUAUUAAACGCAGACGGUUGCCAAAUGUUCAAGUCUUUUUUCCGAUGGGGAGAAUGGGACGACCCAGGGGCUGACCAGAUGGACUUCUACAUGAGACUUCCGCGACCUCUCAAGUACCUACACUACCUGUGGGUUAAAUAUAUCCGAAGAGAUGCAUUAUGGGCCGACCUCCUCAAGGAUUUCCAUGCGAAGAGCGCUUUCGAACAAUGGAAGCUGGUUUCUCAGCGAGAGGCUUAUAGGGCUAAGUGGUUUGAUUGGUGGAAUGACACUGAUGUUGACUUUUUACUUACACCCCCCAAUGCGACGCCGGCUGUUCCCCACGAUGGUAUGAAGGAGGCUGUCAGCAGUUGCGGCUACACAUUCCUUUUCAACAUCAUUGACUAUACUUGUGGUAUUCUCCCGGUAACACACGUCGAUAAGGAGCUCGAUAAACUGCCGUCCACCUUCAACAUCAAGAAACUGAACGGAGUUGCUCAAGGCGCAUACAAGCUGUAUGAUGCAGAGGCCAUGCACGGGCUGCCAGUUGCGGUCCAGAUCGUCGGGAGGAGAUUAGAAGAGGAGAAGGUACUUGCGAUUAUGAAGAGAGUCGAAGAUGCUCUCGGCGAUGACAAGUAUGAAUUACUUGACAUCGAUUGAUUUUUUGGGCUGUUAGAGCAAGUAGAUGAGAUUAAACAUCAAGUAUGAUACCCUGUCUAUAGCAGGUUCAGAGAUGUCUAUUGUUAAAAAACAACUGUAAAUAAACCGAUUCAAUUGCCUUUUCCAGAGUGUUGCAAGUUAUGCACUGUGGUAAAGGAGAAAAGGGAGGAAGCGGAGCCUCCGAUUUCGGGCGACUG